CGGUUUCGUUUUUUUCUCUGUGUUUUUGUCUUGUACUGUGUCUAUUCCCUUGGUACAGGUGCAUCUUCCAGAUGGGGACUCCGGUGAAGUGUUUUAACUGUAAUGGAGAUGGCCAUUUCGCGAGGGAAUGCCCAAGUACCAAGAAUCAGAAUGGUAACGGGAGCUCUGCAUCGGCACCUACGACUCCUCGGUUUUGGACGCCCAGGCGUAAUCCAGAGGAUGCUGAGGAACGUGAGUUCCUCAGGCAGAUAAUCCAAGAGAAGAGGGAGGAGCAAGCGAGGAAACGUGAAUUAGACGAGCAACGAAAGUUUGACGAGAAGUUGAAAUUGGAGAUGGCGAGAUAUGUAGAGGCAACAAAGGCGGAGGUGAUGGCAACAGUUGGGCGACAGUAUUUGGGUCAAAAAGAUGAAGCGCGGAGGGAGGAAUUGAAGAGGGGUUGGUCUCCUCCUCCUCGUAGAAAGGAGGAUUAUCGGAUGGAGGAGGAGCUCGGAGAUGAGGACGAAAUAGAUUUGGAGAUUCGGCGGUUAGAGCUGCUCCGGGAGAAGAGACGUAGGGGGAAGGAGGCAGUUCGGGGAGGCGUGAAUUUUCGCCAGCCAUCCUUCUCCGCUGGGCCAGGUUCGGUCGAUGACCCAGCGAUUCGUGGGGAGUGCUCUCGUGAUGCAGCGGAGCGAAGGAGGAAAGUCCCGGCGGGGACGGGGGCGGAUGGUUUGCUCCAGUACGUCUUGGACCAGAAAAGGGAGUUAAGUGCCCUGAAGAUUGAUGAGCUUAAGAGGAUCUGCGCACAGGAGGACUUGCAAUUGCGAUACGAAAGGACCAACGAUCGAUCGGAUCGUGGCGGCCCGGGCAAAGGUAGCCUACGAAGAUUUUGUGUUCUCACCUGCGACUUCAGCGCCGGGGUCGCCUCAGGGAGCAGCUUCUCAGUCUAAGUGACUGAGGGAAUUCGCUUGCAAUAAGAUGUGGGAUAAUCUGCUGCACUGGAUGGGUUGUAGGCUCAAAGCUUUUCGUGAUAAUGUGCCCUUAAGAGAUCGCUUGAUUAUUGAGAAAUGUAUUUCCCUAUGUUUCAUUGCUUUGUCUCUCCUAGGAGAAAUUACUUGGAAUAUCAAAUUUCAGAGAUUGUUUUGCGCUAUUGAUUGGAAAUGUUGGGAUCGGGGUCCGGUCGUCUAUCUCCUUGCCUCUCCAUGGUGCAAGCAACAGUAAGUUGGGAGUUCCGUUAGGGGGCUUUACAUCCGGUGGAAUGAACAUGUAUGUACCUC